CAGAGAUUUCUCUUUUAAAAGAGAUUUUUAAAGUUGUGUAAUAUAAUAAUUUUGAUAUUGUUGCGUUUAUGGCAAAGUCUUGAGGUUGGGAUAUUAAUGAUUGGAAGAUUCAAAUGUAUAUGCAAUUAUGGAUAAAGUAGAAACUUUACUCUUUGUAAAUUUUAAUUAUUUUAUAUAGAGUUUCAUUGACUUUUUUCAUAAAAAAUUGUAUUGCAUCAAGAUUUUUAUCUUUUAUUAUUGUUUUUGAAAUUGUUAAGAGGUAUCAAAGAAAAAAUACAUAUUAAUAAGAAAAAUACAAAUGAAAAAUUUUUAAUCUUUUUCGUUUUUUUUUUAAGGUUGUUGUACAAGUAACAGGAUUCUCGUUCAAUUAAUUGCGUUAUUCAGAAACGAUCAAUCAGCAAUUAGCAAUGUACUGUCCAGCUUGGGGUGACCAGACUGUGUAAUCUAAAGAUUGAAAACAGACUAGAACAUGGUGCAUGAUACAAUUAUAAAUCUUCCCGAGCGGUGCAGCCAGCAGCACGAGACGAGGCUGACUCUAAUUAUGAAUCUUGAGACCUUGGCCACCCCUGAUCGGUACGUUUACGUCGGCCUCGCCAGGUCUCGCCGUUUGUUUUUCCCUGCCAAUUUGCACCGAGAUCUCGAGUCCGCGACACGAGAUACGCCAUUGGCGGAACAAGACGGAGGAACAAGCUGGAGAGGACGAGGAGCACGAAGAGGAAGAGGAUGCAGGAAGAAAAAGGAGAUCGGGCUGGUCACACAUGACAAUGUACGACGAAGGCAUGAUGGAUGAGGGGGCGGCUAGUUUACGUGAUCGAGACAUGAUCGCCGGCAGACGGGGUGGUCCGUCUGUCCGUUACUUUUCUCUUUCUUUCACAUUGGAAUGGCUUGUCCAGUGUGUUUCGCCCUUUCCACGUAGCGCACGUAACACACGAGAACUCGAACCACCCCUGUCACCGGUCUGACCGAUCUUAUUGUCAUA